AUGCUGCUACGAGAUCUCCAAGAGCGCACGGCGUUCUAUGACCCUGUUGCAGAACUUCAGAUGACGCAGACGGAUGCAAAGUUGUUCUAUCAACGGAGCAAGAUUGAUCCACGGACUGGGAAUUCUCCAUGGCCACAGUCAACUCCUUUUGGAAGCCCUCUUAUUCUCUCAGGCUCACGCCCAGCCACAGAGUGGGGGGGCGAUUCGUUGAUUCUUGAUCCUGAUGCCGUAGAUACCUUUGCCAGGCCCUAUGAACCGGCAAUCCCCCCCAAUGGCUCAUAUCCUCUGAAGCCGAGUCUUAGUGCUGGUCUCAUGUCUAACGAGGCAAAGGCCACCAAUGACCCCGCUUCUGGACUGGCAGGCAAUGGACUCUUUGAUACUGAGCCUCAUAUAACGGCCGAGCUCAGUGCGAUUUCAAAGCAGAUUCAUAGAAUACUUGACAUGAGACGCAAGUACAUCUCUCUGUCUAAUCAGGGGCCGAAUGACAACCCCAGAGAUAAUGCCGACUGGGAAAUAUACCCCCCUCCUCCCGACCCAGCGUGGAUCCAUGGCCAUAGUCAUAGCACCGACGAAGCCGGCAAGCAAGGCGUGGGCUCUUCGACCAAUGCCCCUGAACGAAAGAGGCCUGUCCGAAAAAGAAAGCCUGGCCACGAUAUUGGAGAUGACUUCUUCCUUGAUGACUUACUUCCCUUGCCUGGAAACGGCGAGAUGACCUUUGAAAUGGACAGCGAAGGAGUCUAUCAAGUAUUCAACACUUCAGAGAGUAAAACUCCCGCUAUGCGCGUGCCAAAUAUUCGAGAAUUCUACAUUGACUUGGAAGAAAUUCUUACGGUUUCAUCUGAUGGCCCAAGCAAGAGCUUUGCUUUUCGUCGACUUCAGUAUUUAGAAGCAAAAUUCAAUUUAUAUGUUCUCCUUAAUGAAUACCAGGAGACUGCCGACAGCAAAAAGGUGCCGCAUCGAGAUUUUUACAACGUUCGAAAAGUGGACACGCACGUUCACCACUCUGCAUGUAUGAAUCAGAAGCAUCUGUUGCGAUUUAUCAAGAGUAAGAUGAAGAAGUAUCCGAACGAAGUCGUGCUCUUCCGAGAUGGCAAGCAUCUCACUCUGGCGGAGGUGUUUGCCAGUAUCAAUCUGACGGCGUAUGAUUUGAGCAUAGAUACACUUGAUAUGCAUGCACACACUGAUUCCUUUCACCGUUUCGAUAAAUUCAAUCUCAAGUACAACCCCAUUGGCGAGUCGCGCCUGAGAACGAUAUUUCUCAAAACCGACAACUUCAUCCAUGGGCGCUACCUGGCAGAGAUUACCAAGGAAGUGAUAUCUGACUUGGAAUCUAGCAAAUAUCAGAUGGUAGAAUGGCGCAUAUCCAUCUAUGGCAAGUCCAUGGAUGAGUGGGAUAGGCUCGCAGCCUGGGUUGUGGACAACAAGCUCUUUUCUCACAAUGUUCGCUGGCUAGUCCAAAUCCCUCGCCUCUACGACAUCUACAAAGCUAGCGGCUUGAUGGACACGUUUGAGCAGGUUCUGAAGAAUGUGUUCCAACCCCUAUUCGAAGUCACCAAAGAUCCUUCAAGCCAUCCGAAGCUACAUGUUUUUCUCCAGCGUGUCAUUGGCUUUGAUAGCGUUGAUGACGAAAGCAAAAUCGAGAGGCGGCUGUUUAAAAAAUUCCCAGUGCCCAGAGCCUGGGAUACGAAGCAGAAUCCUCCCUAUAGCUACUGGAUCUAUUACCUGUUUGCCAACAUGACCUCGUUGAACCACUUCCGACGGAGUCGCGGCUUCAACACGUUCGUUCUUCGACCUCAUUGUGGAGAGGCAGGCGAUAGUGAGCACUUGGCUGUGGCAGCAUUAUGCUGUCACAGUAUUAGCCAUGGGCUAUUACUGCGGAAAGUUCCCCUGCUCCAAUACAUCUUUUAUUUAGAGCAGAUCGGAAUCGCCAUGUCGCCACUGAGUAACAACGCCUUGUUCUUGGCUUACGAGCGAAAUCCAUUCCAUCAGUAUUUCAGGCGUGGUUUGAACGUCUCUCUAUCCACGGACGACCCGUUGCAAUUUGCUUUUACCAAGGAGCCCUUAAUCGAAGAGUAUGCAGUGGCUGCGCAGAUCUAUAAGCUAAGCCCGGUGGAUAUGUGCGAGCUGGCAAAGAAUUCAGUAAAGCAGAGCGGCUAUGAGAAGGCCAUCAAGAAACAGUGGCUGGGCCAAGAUUUUGAGAAGCCUGGGAAAGACGGGAAUAAGAUGGUAAAGACAAAUGUGCCGGAUCGCAGAGAGGAAUUCCGGUACCAUACGCUCCUACAGGAGAGAGACAUCUUGAGGAACUACCUUGAUUAUGGCUCUGGCAAUGACGUUAUGGCAAACGGUGCUCCUGCAAGCGCCCAAGCAGCAGAGCCUCUGGAAAACAAGAGCGCUUCUCUCCCAGCUGCUACAGCGACUGAGCCCAAGGACGUAGAGUCCGAGGGACAUGUGACCUUUGUCGACGCUCACACCGGGGAGCCCCUUCUGCCUGCCAGCGCCAAGGCGGAUAAUCACUUGUCUGGAAGUGAUCCCAUGAUGUUCCCAGGCAUCCUUGCCAGGGAGCAUCGGAAUAACAGCUCGAGGAACUUGGCCCAGAGCGAUGAAAGAGCAAAGUAG